UUUUGAGGUUUUGAAGAGGCCGCUUGUGUUGUUGUUGACUUGUUUUCUUUUUUUUUCAUCUGUCAAGUUCGAUUUCGAAUACGACUACUAUUUAUGCUCAGUCUAGCACGCGAAAAUGACGGAGAUUGUAUCAGAGUCGAGCGAAGAGCAGACACGUGGAGUUUGGGAGAUGAUGGAGCUGCUUAACAUCGACGUGCUGGAGGAGGAACGAGCGGAGGAGCCGGAAGAUGCGCCGCAGGCCCCCCUUUCAAAGAACGCGUCGAGGAAGCAACGGCACUGGGAGAGGACGCUGGCUGCCAGGAAGAGCAAGAGAAGAGAGGAGAAACGCAGGAGGAGGCUCAAUCGGCACUCGGGUAAAGACGAAGAAGAAGAAGACACGGCGCACCAUCAGCUCAGCAAGCGAGCCGUGAAGGCCGCCACCCGAGAGCGUUUGGCCGAGGCUCGCGUCAGUGGCCUCAAAGUGUGCGUUGACCUCAGCAUGAGCCACCGCAUGUCCGACAAGGAGACGAGCCGACUGGCAGCUCAGUUGCGGCGGUUGUACGGAUCCAACAGAAGGGCGAGCAAACCCUUCCGUUUGUUUCUGACCAGCCUUCGGGAGGACAGUCGCCUCCUGGCGGAGUGCGUGCGCAUGAACGACGGCUUCCUCAACUACUCGCUGGAACGAACAGAGCAAAGCUGCCUGGACAUUUUCCCUGCAGAAAGCGUCGUCUACCUCUCGCCCGACGCCCAAGAAGCUUUGGAGCGAGUGGACGGCGACACGGUGUACGUCCUCGGAGGCCUCGUGGACGAAAGCGUGCAAAAGGCGCUGAGUCUCUCCCGGGCCGAAGAACUGGGCGUCCGCGCGGCCAGGCUCCCGAUAGACGAACACAUGCGGAAGACGCCCAACGGCAAGAACUUCCACUCCAAGAUCUUGGCCGUCAAUCAAGUCUUUGACAUCAUGCUGGCCGCGUACGACACGGGCAGCUGGACGCUCGCGCUCGACAAGUGCUUCCCCCGGAGCAAAGGUUAUGCGGUCGCACCGCAGGGCCACCUCGCCAGCAGCGCUUAAGACUUGACGCAAAUGAAGACACGUUGUUCUCACUUUCAACACUUUUGUUUUUUUUUAUUUGAGCCACUGCCGGCGAAUAAAAACCGCUGAUCGGAACAUUUGCUUGAC